CCCGGGCCGGCGCCGCCCGGGCAGUGCGCAGGCUCGGCUCGGCUCCGCACACCCCAUCAUGGCGCUGCGGCGGCCGGAGCUGCUCCGGCUCCUGCUCCUGCCCCUGCUCGGCUGCAGACUCUUGGCUGUGGAGCUGACAUCCAGCAACACCAAGCCCGUGGUGCAGGAAUUCCAGAGUGUUGAGCUGUCCUGCAUCAUUAAAUCCACGGUGACGCCAGACCCCAGGAUCGAGUGGAAGAAAAUCCGAAAUGGAGACACCUCUUAUGUGUUUUUUGAAAACAAAAUGCAGGGAGACUUUGCAACCCGGGCAGAGAUCCUGAGCAGGACAUCCCUGGUGAUCAAGAACACGACGAGGAUGGACACGGCCACGUACCGCUGCGAGGUGGCAGCGCCCUCCGACACCAAAACCAUCGAUGAGAUCAACAUCCAGCUCACAGUGCAAGUGAAGCCCAUGACUCCCAGAUGCUCUGUGCCUAAAGCUGUACCUGUUGGCAAAUCAGCCUCCCUCCACUGCCACGAGAACGARGGAUUCCCCAAGUCCACCUACAGCUGGUACCGCAACAGCGAACCUCUGCCAGCCGACAGCAAAUCCAGCAGCAAACCCCUCAACUCCUCCUACACCCUGAACCCCAAYACAGGCACUCUGGUUUUCCAUGCAGUGCACAAAGGUGACACAGGUCGUUACUCCUGCAUAGCAACCAACGAUGCUGGCUUUGCCAAGUGUGAGGAGCAGGAGAUGGAAGUCUAUGACCUCAACAUYGGUGGGAUAAUCGGGGGAGUCCUGGUGGUCAUUGCAGUUCUGGUGCUCAUCACUCUGGGAAUCUGCUGUGCCUACAGAAGGGGAUACUUUGCAAAUGGCAAAGAGAAUGGGGAAAGCUACAAGACUCCAGCAAAGCCUGAUGGCGUUAACUACAUCCGGACAGAUGAUGAGGGUGACUUCAGACACAAGUCUUCAUUCGUCAUCUAAGAGGCCAAAAGGAAAUUGCAAACCAGCAAAAAGCAAGUGUGAAAAUACCUCCUCCAGGAACUCAAAAGCGAGAGCAAAAGAUGAAUUAAGUGCGCUUGGAAGAGUUUGGAACACACAAGAACUUGAUAGCUAGCUAUCUGUAUAUCUUUUUUUUCUUUGCCAAAGUUUAAAAGUAACUCCUCACUGCCCAACUCGCGUCUCCCCUGCCUCCGGAGAUACCAACAGGAUCACCCAAACCUGUCCUUUGGACUGAGGAAAAGUUUUAAUCCUUCCCAAGAGACUGGGCUGUGGAAGUUUGUGGAAUUGCCUUCUCUUUGUGCUGCAGGGACACAGCCACAGCGUGCAAACCCAGCGUUAGGGAAACGUGUCYGAGACAUUGCUGGUGAUGUGUCACUGGUGGACAAAAAAAAAGGUGCUGAAACAGCAGUAGAUGGACUUCAAAGAGGGAGAUUUCUCCGUGCAAGGGGGUUU